UAGAUGGUGGGCCGAAAUGGACAGUACAUUUGGAGCCCAACGAAAAAUACAUGGCCCGCGAACAGCCUGACUUGGUGGGCCAGCAUUGUCACUGUCAUAGGAGCCAGCAUCCAUCGAGGGUGAGGGACGGAGGCGAGCCGACCCGACCGCGACCGGCGUGGAGAGAGAGAGAGAGAGAGAGAGAGAGAGAGGACCAGCAGCAGCCGAAGGGAGGGAGGACCCCUACCGGGAGGGAGGAGCAGAUCAGCCAGGGAAGAGGAGGGCGACGAUGGCGUCCGGCUGGGGCAUCAACGGGAACAAGGGCCGCUGCUACGACUUCUGGCUGGAUUUCAGCGAGUGCAUGAGCCGCUGCCGCCAGCCCUCCGACUGCGGCCUCCUCCGCGAGGACUACCUCGAGUGCCUCCACCACUCCAAGGAGUUCCAGCGCAGGAACAGGAUCUACAAGGAGGAGCAACGUCAGAUCAGAGCUGCUGCUCGGAAGGCCAAGGAAGAAGCUGAGGGAGCCCCAGCUGUUGCAGCUCACCAUUAGUCUCCCUUUUAUUUUUUCUGUGUUGUGUUGUUUUCUGUCAACUCAUCUUUGGUUCGGCUGUGAUGCUAAGGGCAAGGCAAUAAUCUCCAAUCUCUCUGUUGGACUACACAGAUUUUUUUUCCCCAUCUCACUCCAUGACUUGUUCAGUACCAUGACUUACAAAUAGUCAUGGUUAUGAAGUUCCAGCCUGUUUGUGAUACUGCACGAUGUGAUGUGCCUGAUUUUUCCUGUGGCAUUGUAAGAGGAGCGUUUUUGCGCUAAUGAUGGUUUCUGGUUGUUGUUUUGCGCAGCCAACCGAUGACUUUUCUAGUCACCUCUUC